AUGGCUUUUGAGUUCGUCAGUAACUCUAGUGCUCAGCAUGAUCUUUCACAGGACUGGCUUGCUGGUCCCUCCAAAUUUGAAGGAUUUCUACCCAACUGUAUUGCCGGCUGGUCUACCUGGCAAUAUGUCGUAACAUUCUUGCUGGGUGUUGUCGUCUAUGAUCAAGUCAUGUAUAUCAAACGAAAAGGUUCUAUUGCCGGGCCUUCCUUUAAGAUUCCUCUCAUCGGCCCAUUUCUCCAAGCUCUCGAUCCAAAAUUCGAAGAGUACCUGGCUCAGUGGGCGAGUGGGCCCCUUAGCUGCGUGUCCGUGUUUCACAAAUUUGUCGUACUCGCCUCCGACCGAGAUAUCGCACACAAAGUUUUCAAAUCCCCUACAUACGCCGAGCCCUGCAUAGUACCUCUUGCCAAAGACAUCUUAGGACAUAAGUCAUGGGUCUUUCUUCAAGGAAAAGCCCACACCGAGUAUCGUCGAGGAUUGACGCCUUUGUUUACCAACAGAGCCUUGGCAACUUACUUCCCUAUUCAAGAGAAAGUAUUCGCCGACUACUUUGAGAAGUUCGUCACCGCCAGCAAGGAAAAUGAGAACCAACCAAUGGCGUUCAUGACAAUGUUCCGUGAGAUUAACUGUGCGAUCUCGUGCCGUACUUUUUUCGGAGAUUAUAUAUCUCAGGAUGCAGUUAAGAAGAUCGCCGAUGACUUUUAUCACGCCACCGCCGCCCUCGAGCUGGUGAAUGUCCCUCUGUCGAUCUAUAUUCCAUUCACAAAGCCAUGGAAAGGAAAGCGGAUAUCCGAUGCAGUUCAUGUCGAGUUUGCGAAGUGCGCAGCGAAGUGCAAAGAAAACAUGGCAGCCGGGGCAACCCCAACUUGUAUCGUGGAUCACUGGGUACUGCACAUGAUUGAGUCAAAGAGGUAUUAUGACAAGAUCGCCGCCGGCGAAACAGGCGCUGAAAAGCCCACAAAUCUGAUCCGCGAAUUCACAAACGAAGAGAUUGGCGAAACAUUAUUCACCUUUUUGUUCGCCUCCCAGGAUGCCUCGAGCAGUGCGACAACCUGGCUCUUCCAGAUCCUCGCCCAGCGACCCGAUGUACUCGAUCGACUUCGUGAAGAGAACCUCGCCGCACGCAACGGCGAUAAGACCAAGCCUUGCGAUCUCGCCAUGUUAGAAUCGCUUACCUACACCGGCGCCGUCAUCAAGGAGCUCCUCCGUCACAGGCCACCGGUUAUCUUCGUGCCAUACCUGGCCAAGAAGAACUUCCCUAUUACACCGGAUUACACUGUCCCCAAGGGAUCAAUGAUCAUUCCUUCGUGUUACCCGGCUCUGCAUGAUCCAGAAGCAUACCCCGAGCCGGAAGUUUUUGAUCCCGAGCGCUGGAUCACAGGUGAUGCCGAGUCGAAAACGAAGAAUUGGCUUGUGUUCGGGGCUGGUUCACACGAUUGCCUUGCGAGGAGGUAUGUGCCGCUAUCCAUGGCCGCGAUGAUUGGCAAGGCUGCGAUGGAACUCGACUGGACACAUCAUGCUACGGAUAAAUCUGAAGAAAUUAGAGUAUUUGCGACUCUUUUCCCAAUGGAUGGAGCUCAAUUGGUUUUUAAGAAGCGCGCAUAA